AGUGGUUAGUUUGGUCACUUUUAACACUCAUUAAAGUCAAAUGGAGAAAUUGUUUUGGCCAAACGAGUGAGAGUAUUUGAAUGAACGAACCUCAAUGCGGCGGAUGCUUCGUCCCCUCAGCAUCAAUCUAUUAAGCUGCCGCGUGUUACCGCCCCCCCACACUCUUGCUUUUUCCCCACCGCCGAAGAGGAUCACCGGCGCAUUUAGACUUUCCGAUCGAACGAUGUGCAGCCACACUUGGGCUUGCGCGCCUACUCCUCCGGCCGCGAAGAAGGUGAGGCACGAGAUGGAGCUUUUCGGCGACGUGAGGGUCGACAAUUACUACUGGCUCCGCGACGACAGCCGCUCGGACCCCGAGGUUCUCUCUUAUCUCCGGGAGGAAAAUGAAUACACCGAUCGCAUCAUGUCUGGCACAAAAAAGUUGGAAGAGGAUAUAUACACUGAGAUAAGAGCAAGAAUCAAGGAAGAUGACAUAUCCGCACCUAAACGGAUUGGCCCUUAUUACUACUACGAACGGACACUGCAAGGGAAGGAAUACACUCAACACUGUAGACGCCUUGCCCUGAAUCGCGAAGCACCAUUAUCUGUUUAUGAUAUCAUGCCAACUGGACCGGAUGCCCCACUAGAGCAUGUAAUUCUUGAUGAAAAUGUCAAAGCUCAAGACCACGGAUUUUACUGCAUUGGUGCCUUUAAGGUAAGUCCCAACAAUAAGUUAGUGGCAUAUGCUGAAGACACCAAAGGAGAUGAGAUAUAUACUGUUCACAUUAUUGACAUUGAAUCUCAAGCUCUUGUUGGGGAGCCUCUAGUUGGGUUGACAUCAGAACUUGAAUGGGCAGGUGAUGAGGCCAUAGUUUAUGUCACAAUGGAUGAAAUCCUUCGUCCUUACAAGGCAUGGCUGCACAGGUUGAGAACAAGCCAAGCUCAUGACACCUGCCUUUAUCAUGAAAAGGAUGAAAGAUUUUCAUUGGAUCUUCAGGAAUCUGAGAGCAAGAAAUUUUUGUUUUUAGCAUCGGAGAGUAAAACUACAAGAUUUGUUUUAUAUCUAGACAUUUCAAAACCUGAAAAAGAGUUAGUGUUUUUGACACAGCGAGUAAGUGGAAUUGAAACAUAUGUUAGUCAUCGGGGAAAUCACUUUUUUAUUCAAAGGAGGAGUGAUGAAUGUUUUAACUCAGAGUUGCUUGCAUGCCCCGUGGAAGAUGUAUCACACACAACUGCUCUUCUUCCUCACCGGCCAAGCAUAAAGAUCCAAUACAUACAACUUUUUUGCAACCAUCUUGCUGUUUAUGAGCGUGAACAAGGUUUGCCUAAAAUAACCAUUUAUAACCUUCCUGAUGUUGGAGAGCCAUUGAGAAAGCUUCAAGGUGGCAGGGCUAUUGAUUUCAUUGAUCCAAUAUACUCUGUGGAUCCAUCAGAAUCACAAUUUGCAUCAAGCAUCUUGAGGUUUUACUAUAGCUCCCUUAAAACUCCUCCUUCUGUAUAUGACUAUGAUAUGGACACCGGAGUUUCCGUUUUGAAGAAGAUUGACACGGUGAGUUUUCAGUGAAUUCAUGAACAAUUGAACAUAUGGCCAUAAAUUAAAAUGAUGGUUGCAUCUGGGGCUCUAAUCUGCAUUUUGAUUAUGGUAUUUCAGUCUCCCUCUCCCGCACUUGAGCAAGAUUAAUUCAAGCACAUUGAGUUGAGAUUUUUCCCUUCUAGUACUCUACAUUUUAUAGGUUAAGUGUUUAAAAAUACGUAGUAGUUUGUAACUUGCAGAUGCAUUAGUUGGGGAUUCUCUCUCUCGGGAACUCUUGUCAGUAUCAAUCCAGGAGACUUGUUUUGCAAAGAUUGCUAAGCUUUCAUGUUUUGAUGACAUUGAUUGUGAUUCUGAUAGCUUUCAUAUCCCUAUGGAGCAGUUGGACAUUUUCUAGAAACUUCUGGUGUUGGGAGGCUUUGAUUCAUCAAAUUAUGUUACUGAAAGGAAAUGGGCUACUACUUCAGAUGGGACUCAGAUACCCAUAUCAAUGGUUUAUAAUAAGAAUCUUGUGAAGCUUGAUGGUUCCGAUCCACUUCUUCUUUAUGGUUAUGGUUCGUAUGAGGUUUGCAUCGACCCAUAUUUCAAAGCAGCACGCAUUUCCUUGUUGGACCGAGGGUUCAUUUAUACAAUUGCCCACAUUCGUGGGGGCGGUGAAAUGGGGAGACCAUGGUAUGAAAAUGGGAAACUGCUGAAGAAGAAAAAAACUUUCACAGACUUCAUUGCCUGUGCGGAGUAUUUGAUUGAGAAGGGGUAUUGUACCAAAGAAAAGCUUUGCAUUAAUGGUAGAAGUGCAGGGGGGUUGCUUAUUGGUGUUGUACUGAAUAUACGCCCUGAUUUAUUUAAGGCAGCUGUAACUGGAGUACCUUUUGUGGAUGUUCUGACCACAAUGCUUGACCCUACUAUUCCUCUAACAACUUCUGAGUGGGAGGAAUGGGGUGAUCCUCGUAAAGAAGAAUACUAUUUCUACCUUAAGUCCUAUUCUCCAGUUGAUAAUGUCAAGGCACAAAAUUAUCCAGCAGUUCUUGUCACAACUGGUUUAAAUGAUACACGCGUUUUAUAUUCCGAACCAGCAAAGUAUGUAGCCAAGUUGAGGGAUAUGAAGACUGAUGACAAUAUACUACUAUUCAGAUGUGAAUUCAGCGCCGGGCACUCCUCAAAAUCAGGAAGGUUUGAAAAGCUAAAGGAAGUUGCUUUCACAUAUGCCUUCAUAUUGAAGGCCUUAAACUUGAUCCCUUCACCUAGCUCCCACCCCAACUUAUAAAGUGGUACUGUAUUUUUCUAGUUUAAUUUGUUUCCUAUAAUGGUUGAUGUUAUUUGGCACCCAUAUUAUAACAAACUCAUUUUUUUAAAAUUAGUACUCAAUAAGUCAAUAUAAUUUUACUAGGGGCAUUGACCCCCUAUAGUCAAGCUUGUAAACGGUAAGAUUGCGAAUUUUUCUUUGUACUUCUAGCAUUAUUGAAAUAUUAAACAAAAAAAAUUACAGAGUAUAAUUAAGCAUUUAAGCCUAU